AGUGCCCCAUCUCUAGAAAUCAAAAUCCCGUGGCUGGCCCCCGAGCCAAGAUAACCUUCAGAAGCACAAUAAAGCUAAAUGAACAUAACGCUUGGAUUGCCUCACGCAACUAACCCACAAAAAGAAGCAAACACUGAAAAACAAAACCAAAGCUGCAUGGAAGUAAGGGUGGAAUUACCCCGCGAAGAAAACUCACAAACUCAAACGAACAUUCAAAAACAAAAUAAAAGGAGCAUGCACGUAGUGGCAGAAAUACCCCUCGAAGAGAACUCACGAACUCAAACAAGCAUUGAGAACUACAAUAAAAGCAACAUGGACGUAAGGGUUGAAUUACCCCUCGAAGAUAACUCACAAGGUGAAGUGUUUCUUCAGACACACAAUAACUCCAAACACGGAGCGAUGGAAGGCACAAUGUCGCGUUUAUCAACGCCCUGCCCAGACGCCCUGCUCACCCUCGCCUACUGGUGGUGGGUCCUGCAAGGGCUGCUCCUCGCUACCCUGGCGAGGCUCAUCUCGGGACCCACCGCACCCGACGAUGACAACCCUGACGAUGACAACCCUGAUGAUGACAAGCCUGAUGAUGACAACCCUGACGAUGACAACCCUGAUGAUGACAAGCCUGACGAUGACAACCCUGAUGAUGACAACCCUGACGAUGACAACCCUGACGAUGACAACCCUGAUAACAACCCUGAUGAUAACAACCCUGAUGAUAACAACCCUGAUGAUGACAACCCUGACGAUGACAACCCUGACGAUGACCCUGGUCUUGAUCUUGACCCUGGGGGUGAAGAGGAUGACUUUGAAGAAGUGGAACGGAGGGAGGUGGUUGAAGAGAAUGGCUUUGAGGAGGUGGACCGGAUGGAUGUGGACCGGAUGGAUGUGGACCUGGUGGAGGUGGACCGGAUGGAGGUGGACCGGGUGGAGGUGGACCGGAUGGAGGUGGACCGGGUGGAGGUGGACCAGAUGGAGGUGGACCAGAUGGAUGUGGACCAGAUGGAAGUGGACCAAAUGGAUGUGGGCCGGGCGGAGGUGGACCAGAUGGAUGUGGACCGGGUGGAGGUGGACCAGAUGGAGGUGGACCGGGUGGAGGUGGACCAGAUGGAUGUGGACCGGGUGGAGGUGGAACGGAUGGAGGUGGACCGGGUGGAGGUGGACCAGAUGGAUGUGGACCAGAUGGAUGUGGACCAGAUGGAUGUGGACCGGGUGGAUGUGGACCAGAUGGAUGUGGACCAGAUGGAUAUGGACCGGGUGAAUGUGGACCAGAUGGAUAUGGACCAGAUGGAUGUGGACCGGGUGGAUGUGGACCGGGUGGAGGUGAACCAGGUGGAGGUGGACCAGAUGGAUGUGGAGCGGGUGAAGGUGGACCAGAUGGAGGUGGACCGGAUCGAUGUGGACCGGGUGGAUGUUGACCAGAUGGAUGUGGACCGGGUGGAUGUGGACUGGGUGGAUGUGGACCGGAUGGAUGUGGACCGGAUGGAUGUGGACCGCAUGGAUGUGGACCGAGUGGAUGUUGAGCAGAUGGAUGUGGACCGGAUGGAUGUGGACCGAGUGGAGGUGGACCGGGAAGAGGUGGUGGAGGUGGUGGUGGGGCAGUUCGGGGUGGGGGUUGUUGCCGCCCCUCCUGACGCGCCCGGCCGCCACCCUGGUCCUGUUGAGUAAGGAGGGUGAAGGCGAAGAUGACUUUGACAACGUGAGCGAGAGGGACACGGCAGCGAUGGAGUAAGGCAAUUGCAGAAUGUAUAAAAAAAAUAAUAAAAAAAUAAAUAAAAUAAACGAAAAUAAUAAAAAAUAAAAAAAAUAAAUAUAAUACAAAAAAAAAUUAGGAUUAAGAUUCAUGAAAAAAAAAAUAAAACCAAAUACAAAAUAUAUAAAAGAACAAAAAAAUACAAAAAAAAUGCCAAAAACCCCAAUGCAAAAUGUGAGGGUUAAGAUUAAGGAUCAUAUUUCUUUGCGUCAAAAAGGAGCAAUGGUUUCACCCGACGAGGAUAAAACUUGUAAAUUCGCCAAAGUAUUAACGAAAUUCCAUUCACGCCUUGCGCAGCUUGGAAAUAACGACCGGUAAACUUGGUCAAGCUUUAAGUUAGAUGAAAAGAAAACAAAAAAAUCAUCGGCCAGUGAGUACAUGUAGUGAACGACUUGAGGAACGAAAAAAGGAAACUGUAAUUAAUCUCACGUUGCAGUUCAAAAUGUCCCUGCGAAAUGGAACACCCGAAACGAAUGCCGUGUGUGUGUGUGUGUGUGUGUGUGUGUGUGUGUGUGUGUGUGUGUGUGUGUGUGUAGGUGUGGGUUGGUGGGUAUGGGUGGGUGUGACUGCGUCGAUGUAAGUGAUGAAGUGUGAUAUAUUUUCACAUUGAUGUCGUGUGAUAUGUUUCCUUUUCAGGUAAUGCCGUAUGAUAUGUUUCCAAGUAAUGUGUGUGAUAUGUUCCCUCUCCAGGUAAUGUUGUAUGAUAUGUUCCCUCUCCAGCUAAUGUUGUGUGAUAUGUUCCCUCUCCAGGUAAUGUUUUGUGAUAUGUUUCCUUUCCAGGUAAUUUUGUGUGAUAUGUUUCCUUUCCAGGUAAUGUUGUGUGAUAUGUUUCCUCUCCAGGUAAUGUUGAGUGAUAUGUUCCCUCUCCAGGUAAUGUUGUGCGAUA